AUGCUGGGGAAGACCGUCGUAUCCGCCAUGGCAGCGGCUGCUGCUGCUUCGUCUUUGUGUAAGGGCGAGCAACUGACGGCGCUGAAGUCGCCUAGCGUCCAAGUUCUCAAGGAUCCACUGCAGCGAGUGGCUUUUGGCUCGUGCAACGACCAGAGCUUCCCGCAGCCACUGUGGACGAACAUCGCAGCGCACAAGCCCGAACUUUGGGUCUGGAUGGGUGAUAACAUCUACGCCGACGUCAAGGAGCUGGGUGAGCCGCGUCCAGUACCCAUUCCACCACGUAAGAUGUUUGUGGAGGCUUCAGGCGAUGUGCUUAUUCGAAGAUACAACAAGCUUAUGGCCAAUGAGGACUACGCUUCUUUCGUUAACCGCACACCGAUCAUCGGCAUUUGGGACGACCAUGACUACGGUAUCAACGAUGGCGGCAAGUUUUACACCAAUCGUGAAGAGAGCCAGCAGAUUUUCUUGGACUUCAUUGGCGAGCCGAAAGACUCACCUCGUCGUGAGCAAGAGGGUAUUUACACGUCGUACACGAUCGGAUCAGGAGAGCAGACCGUCAAGUUUAUCCUGGUCGACAACCGAUACAACCGCGACAACUACGGCACAAAGAAUGGCAAAUUUCUCGGAGAACCUCAAUGGAAGUGGCUUGAGAACGAGCUUAUGACAUCGACUGCCGCCUUCAACGUCAUCGUAUCAGGAGUUCAGAUUCUUCCUGGAGACCGCUAUCCUGUCGCCGAGUGCUGGGGGCGUUUCCCGAAUGAGCGCGAGCGCCUGUUGAAGCUGCUGCUGGCCUCAAAUGCCAAGGGUGUUAUCCUCCUCAGCGGUGAUGUCCAUUUCUCUGAAAUCAACCAAGUGGUGUGUUCCAAUGGGACAAACACGAUCACGGAGAUCACCAGCAGUGGCAUGACGCAUAGCUGGAUGGAAUUCCACGUACUAUCAGUAAGGUACAUCAUGGCUCUGUUAUUCACGUACGCGAACCUUCUACUGCCUUGGGAAUACCGUCCGACGCAGAAAUCUUUCUAUGGACAUCUCAAUUGGGGCUCGAUCGAUUUCGACUGGGAGAAUACGCCCCACCCUGUUGCAAUAGUGAAAACCCGAGGUGCAGAUGACAAGGUAAAGCUACAGUACGAGUUCGAGUCCAAGCCCUUUUACUCAGACUCUCCCGACAAAGACGCGGUCGAGUGUCAAGCGCCACGUCCGAUUCCACGCUGGCAACAUGUCUUGUGGGACGGCUUGUUCGUGGGAACGGUGGGACUUUUCGUGCUUCUGGUCCCGUUCAUUCUGCUGUGGUUGGUGUGGUUUUUCAUCAACAAAGCCAUUUCUCCAACGACACAGACAGCAGAGAACGUGGAAACGAAGAAGACGGUGUAAUUGUAGACUCAAAACAAAGGAACUGGUUUUUUUUUACUUGACUCGAAAUAGACAAAUACUUUUGUUUUUA